AUGCGGCCGACUCCAGGAGUUGAGAAGCUCAUCACCUCUCUAGCGGCUGAAGGAUGGGACAUAGUGCUGAUCACAGAUGCUAACACCGUCUUUGUACAACAUUGGCUCAAAGUCCAUGGUCUGCUGAACAAGAUUACAAAAAUAAUAACAAACCGGGCGUUCUGGCAAGGAGACCGCCUUUUCAUAGAGCCUUGUAUGCGCCAGUCGAGUUGCCCACGGUGUCCGAGCAACCUGUGCAAGUCCCACGCGCUGGUCGAGUGGUGCGCCACUCACUCGUACGCCAGGAUGGUGUACUGCGGCGAUGGGAGGAAUGAUUUCUGUCCAGCUACCUUCUUGCCGGCUAAUGCAAUUGUCUUCCCUCGCCGUGGCUACCCACUAGAUGACCUGAUCAAGAAGACCAUGGCUACUCCAACUCCUCAAGUCAAAGCAAGGAUCGUGCCCUGGUCAGAUUGCUACUCCAUCCUCCAAACUAUCUUCCCUGGCAAGUUUGUUGAGACAAACACACUUACAACACAACAAAUGUGA